CAUAUCUCAACUUUAGACCUCGAUGAUAUCCGUCAUCCAAAUGUGGACUCAUGCAUUAGUCGGAUCCCACAAUAUUAGUGUCAUCAAGCAGUGGUAUUUGGUGGAAUCAAGAGGUGAUCUCUACUUUGUUAUGAAGUAUAAACUGUUCUAUUUCUUCUUUAAAUUGGGCGUUUUAUAUUUUUGCAUUCAACGGACCUCAAUCAUCCCUGCACUAAUUAUGUAUGAAAAAGGUAAUCCGCUUAUGGACAUUUUGAGGGAGAUAAUCUUGUGUGUGGAAAUGAAUCAAGCCAUCCACGCUACAAAAAAGAAUUUCAUUUAUUUCAGGUCAUCAGGAAGAAGAAUCGCAUUUUCUUCACCAAUGAUUACCAAAAAUUUACAGGACAUGAAAACUUAUCUUUUGGGGAUAACCUUUCUGCUACAUUCCAGAGUGAAUCAUCUAAACGAAAUACUUGUUUACAGUAUUUGUGCAGCAGGAGACAGUACAGGCUACUGCAAGCGGAUCGAAACAAAGUAAAAGGAUUUCUAUAUCCUCAAGUUUUGAAGUGUUCACAUCCGGUGGUCUUGAACCUAAAGUGCAGAUUGUGUGAUGAUUAUGACCAGUUAUUUAGGCACAUAAUUCUAAGAUUAUGUUUUUUAGCAAGAAAAGAUUGAUCUUAGUUCUUGAUUUAGAUGAGAUAUUGCUUCAUUCAACUGCAUACUUCAAGUGGAAUAUAAAGCAAAUUAAAAAGAUUUCCUUAUACUCAAUUUUGAAGUGUUCACAUAAAUGGCGGCUAAAUGAAACCCAACUGGAAAAGCAGCAUGCAUUGCUAUGAUUUCAGAAAAGGAAUGCCUUAGCUGAUAUUGGCUUGU